CUGGCGACAAGCGAAAGGGAAGGUCGGGUAGUGACGGACUCGGACCAAGUGAAAGUGCUUAGUGAACUGUGAUACAUUCCUACUCACGAACCGGAUGCCAGAGACAAUAUGUUGAUCCUACUAACCACCACGUGAAAUAGUUCUCCGAGUUAUCAGUGGAACUUUGUACCUGUAAUACAGCUACACUCUUCUGCUGCUCAGACCGUCUCCACCAAGAUGGCCGCUCUGUCUCUUUCUUGCUUCUGUGUUUCCCUCUCCCUCAUCGCCAGCGUCUCAGCUGCUUCUAACACGAUACACCACCAUAUGAACCAAGAUGAUCUUAGAAGCGUUUUCCAUGUAGAUAACCACGCAGACGUGCCUGACUAUGAAGUGGUACGAGUGAGGAGGUCCGCCUCAGCAAGGCCUCAGGCCGACACACACAACCUGCAACUGCGAGCCUUCGGCCAGGACCUGGACCUGUCGCUGCGGAGGACAGAGGGCCUCUUCAGACAGCCUCUCAGGUUCUGGGCGGCGGAGACCAACAGGUCUGGUCACGUGACUUAUGAUCCUCUACCUCACGAGGACAUUGGCCACCCGUACCAGGACGAGCUAAGGCAAGCUGCGAUUUUACUACAUAGAGAUCCUGGAGAUAAUUCACUACUACUGGAGGGGACGAUAGGCGAGGACCUAGUGGUGAAGCCUGUUCCUGCUAGUGUGAGGCAACACCUAGACUCCAGGCCGGACCCUGAGGCGAAGGAUGUGGACGACGAGGCAUUCCUGGACGAGGAAGCAGCCGAGGACGUGGCUGUGACAGACGGCUUCCCCCUCCACCUCGGCCCAAGACAUCACCACAUUGUCUACAGGCGGAGUGUACAGGACUCCAUGGAUAUGAGUGAUUAUGCAUUCAUGGAACCAGAUGAAGUACCACAAAAGCACAGAAGUAAAAGAUCUAUAAACAAAAGAGAAGCACCUUAUGUGAUCUACCCAGAAAUUUUAGUCAUUGUAGAUUAUGAUGGAUACAGGUUACACGGUGGAAACAAUGUUCAAAUCAAAAGAUAUUUUGUUUCAUUUUGGAAUGGAGUAGAUAUGAGAUAUAAAUUAUUAAAGGGUCCCAAAAUACGAAUAAGCAUCGCUGGAAUUAUAAUAUCAAGGGGGAGAGAUGCAACGCCAUAUUUAGAGCGCAACAGGGUCGGGCGAGACGCCAUUGACUCGGCAGCCGCACUCACGGACAUGGGCAAGUAUCUCUUCAGAGAGAGGCGGCUGCCGGUUUACGAUAUUGCAGUAGCAGUAACCAAAUUAGACAUGUGUCGACGCAAUUACCCGAAUGAGGUUUGCAACAGGGGGACUGCAGGUUUUGCCUAUGUUGGCGGAGCCUGCGUGGUAAACAAAAGACUGGAAAAAGUGAACAGUGUUGCCAUAAUAGAAGAUACCGGUGGUUUCUCAGGGAUUAUAGUUGCUGCCCAUGAAGUCGGCCAUUUACUGGGGGCAGUACACGAUGGGUCGCCACCCCCAACCUACCUGGGUGGCCCGGGGGCGGAGAAGUGUCGCUGGGAGGACGGCUACAUCAUGAGCGACCUAAGACACACGGAGAAGGGCUUCAAAUGGUCUCCGUGUAGUGUGGCUUCCUUCCACCACUUCCUCAAUGGAGACACGGCUACGUGCCUCUACAACUCACCCCACGAGGACGAGUCAUUGCCUCGAGUGUUGCCCGGGAAGUUACUGACUCUGGAUGCUCAGUGUCGUAAGGACCGAGGCACCAGCGCCUGCUUUAAAGACGACAGAGUUUGCGCACAGCUGUUCUGUUUCGACGCAGGCUCAGGGUACUGCGUAGCGUACAGACCUGCUGCGGAAGGUUCACCAUGUGGAGACGGCUCGGUGUGCAACAACGGCAUGUGUAUGCCGGAACAUGAGAACAUCAUCCCGGACUACUCGCAGAACACACCAACGUACCUGAGGCGGAACGACGUCAACACGGCAGCCACUCAGAGUCGUCCGGUCUACGCGCUGCCAAACUCUACAACCCAGAGGUCGGAGUGGGAUGAUUUUUGGAGAACUGCGAGUACGACAGAAUCGUAUUACAAUCCAGGCACAACCACUUACCACACAACGCCUUACAACUAUUACGACAACUACAAAGGUGUUACUCAGAACCCAAACAAUGACAUUGGUGUUAAACCAUAUACUAACUCUUUAAGUAAUUCCAAACUGAAAACAACAAAGAAUCCUUACAACUUUGCUGACUUUGGAAAAUCAAAGUACACCACACCUUCUUAUUUCAAAACUACUAAAGAUUAUCAAAAGACCACACCUUACUGGACUAAGUUUAACGACAAAUUUACACAGCCCCCAUACCAGCCAUAUACAAGUUCAAUACCCAGUGUGGAAGACACUGAGUGUGUGGACAAGGAUCCAAAAUUGAAUGGAGGGAUGUCGUGUUACGAGUUUCUCCAACGCUACGGUUACCAAUACUGCGGCUCGCCAUCCUUCAUCAGCAACUGCUGCGCGGCGCAGAGGUACCUCUGUGAUAAGCGGCCAACCACCAGAUAGCCUUAAGUUUAUUUCUUGUUAAGUUGCGCUGUCAACUGUUUUUAAAUUUUCAACUUGAACUGAUAACUCAACAAUGUCCUGUAUAUCCUUUCACGAGGUAUCAAACUUUUCAUCUCUUUAAAACGUAGAUAGUGUAACAUUUUAUGGGGGAUUAAAAUGUUACCAUUUAACUACUUUGGACAGAACCAACCAUUUUCAUUACUUUUUUGAAACUGUCAUUGGUGAGGUUGUUUUAAAUAUUUAUUUUUAUUUGGUUGCUUGUUUUUAUAAAACAAUGCAGUCGUGGUUGUUGUAGGUAAACAAAAUUUUAUUGUUGAGGGGAUGAUCACGCUUUGUUAAAAAUUGUAUAAAAUGAUUUUCAUUCCAUAGAUGAAUUAAUCUGUAUUUAUUUAUUUAGAUAAAUUGUAUUUGACAAUGACAUACAUAAACCAACCAACUAUGAUCAACAUUAACAAAGUUGUGUAAAGGUGCAGAAAUUAUCUUUAGUCGAGGGAAUGUGAACUGCCACUCUACACUGCCAAUAUUGUUUACAUUUUAUAUACGAAACUAUAUUUUUACUUAUUAACUUUUAUGACUAGUUAAAACGAACAACAUUCAUUUAAAAAGUGUCAAGGUAUCUGUGAGCUCUUCUCGAUGCCCUAUGCUCCCGUUAAGGAGCGACAGGAAAUAAGUAAGGUAUCUGUUACAGAUGUUAAAAAAUCAAUUCCAAAGUAAACAAAAUACAUUUCAGUGCCAUUGCAGUAUAAAACCUUUUUCAAUAUCUUUGAUUUUUAAUAAUAGCUCUUGGAAGUUUAGUAUGUUUCCAGUUUUAAUAUUUUAUUCAAACUUGUAAAAAAUAUCAUUGUACAGAGAAAUUGUAUAAAUUUACAACCUAAAUAAAAAUAAUCAUCACAUGCAUAUUUCUGUCAACAAAUUUAAAUAUGGAACUUUCAUUGGCAAGUACCUCACAAACUUUCUCAUCAAAUAUCUAAACUAGAAUAUAUAUAUAUAUAUAUAUAUAUAUGUGUAUAUUUUUUUCAAAGUCUUUCUGCAACUCAAAUCUUAUUUUUCAAUGCCAAAUAGGUAUAUUUUGUAAUUUAAAUAAAAAUAUAUUAGAAAUGGUUCAGUAAAAUUAAUAAAAGUUUAGAAUAAUAAACAUGUAUAUUGAUUAUAGUAAAGUAGGAUUCGCCAGUAAAGAUUUUUUUUCAAACUUAUCUGGGCAAUGAUAUUAGAAACAAGUUUUUUUUUCAACCUUAAAGUCUUAAAAACUUGAUAUUAAAUAAUCAAGCUCUUUAAUCUUAUCUAUUAAAACUGCAAUACUGAACUUUUCUUAACAUUGAAGUCCUUAUACAAUUCUGUACUUUGACAAGAAACCUUAUUUUUUCUUUUACAAAUUAUUGAUUGCACAGUUUACAUGUGAUCUCAUUAAAAUAACCAUCUUUGUGUAACCUAAAUAUUUAAUUAAUUUUCUUCAUCAAAUAGCAAAUAGUUAUAUUGAGAACGCUUCAGUAAUAAGAAUGCCAUAUUGAAGGGAAGUGUUGGUUGAAUGUCUUGAAUGAUGAAAAUAUUUACUAACUUUAAACUAUUAAUGCCUAUAGUCUUAUUACAUUCUCAAUUCAUGAUGGAAUUAUAAUUUUGGAUCUUAUAUUAAAAUUAAUUAAAUUACUUGAAAGAUAUCACUUACUAUAAAUAUUACUGUAUUACACAGACUUUAUGGAAGUUUUAGUGUACAGAUUCACUCUUUAUCAAUCCCCACUAAUAUAUGUAUACCAAAAAAAUUAUCAUCACAUAACUAUUGGCUUUAUUGGUUUAAAGGUACAAAUGAUGUACUAACGAUCUAUGGAAAGAAUCAUAUAUCCUUUAAGUUCCUAAAAUUAAAAUCAUAAAAUACUAACAAUUUAUCCAAUAUAAAAAUUCCUGUUAAGGUUAAGAUCUUUUGAUUAAAAUAACGUAAGCCUAUAUCUAUUAAAUGCUAGGAAAAUUGUAAAAAAUAUUUGGAUGUAAAUGUGAUUUUGUACAAAAUGUAUGUGAAAUUUUCACUGUUUUAGUGAAAUCAUUAACAUCACAAUGAAGAAUCAUUGAAGUAUUUUACAAAAAUAACAUUAUUUCAAACAUAUUCAUCACUUUUAAGGCUUUGAUUUAAUUUUAUUAAUCGGUAUUUAUAUUUCUUCUUUAUAUUGUUGUAUCACUUAUACUGAGAUAAUUUAUUUUAAAGACAUAAAAUCAGACAACAGCCCUUGUUUUAGUUUUUGAGCUUUGUCUGAAACAUAUUAUUCUUGAGCAGCUGGAAAUGAAUUCUCUAGAAUCCUACUAACUCACCAGAAAAUAUGUAGGAUACCUGAUGUAAAAUAUUGUAUGUAAGCUAUUUUAGAUUUUUGUUAAGAAUAUUACCAAUUUAAUUUAGUCGCUGUAUGUGUUUGACGAGGAAUCAAUUGUUUUGCCGAAGGUGUAAAUAUCUAAGAAUGAGAAAUCAAGACAUGUUGUGAUAUAAAAAGUAAGAUGCGGAUUAAAUGAGAUGUUUGAAUGAA